AUGAAAAAAGCUGAGCUAGUGUUGAUCCCUUCACCGGGAAUAAGCCAUCUAGUUCCAACUAUUGAGUUUGCAAAGCGGCUGUUAGAUCGAGAUGAUCGAUUCUCAAUCACUGUUCUCGUCAUCCCAAAGUCUCUUACUGGCUCUUCCGAAUACACUCAGUCACUUCCAGCUUCCGAUACUCGAAUAAGGUUCAUUAAUCUUCCUGUUGUAGAGACGCCUUCACUGGAAAAAUCUGAAGUUUCCAAGGAAAAACUUGUGGCGGAUCACAGAGAGAGUUACAAACCUUAUGUCAAAGAAGCUAUCAUCAAGAAUGUGCUUUCCAAUUCUGAUUCAGUUCCACUUGCCGGGAUGGUGUUUGACAUGUUUUGUUCAUCAAUGGUGGAUGUGGGAAAAGAACUCGGUGUUCCUUCUCAUUUGUUCUUCACUUGUAACGCAGCUUGUCUCGCUCUCAUGUUGUACCUUCCAGGCCGAGAUGAUGAAGUUAGGAGAGAGUUUGAAGAUUUUGAUUCUGCUUGUGUGAUUCCUGGUUAUGUUAAUCAAGUUCCGAGUAAGGUUUGGCCUUUGUUUUUGUUCAACAAAUAUGGCGGUUAUGAGUCAUUUGUGAAGCAUGGAAGAAGAUUCAAGGAGACCAAAGGGAUUAUUGUCAACACUUAUUCGGAGCUGGAGGCUGAUGCGGUUAAGUGUUUGAUGAAUGAUUUUGAAGAUGGUGAUGUGCCUCCUGUUUACACAGUUGGGCCGCUUAUUGAUAUGAAGGGGGAGAGUGAUAAAAUUGUUUUCUUGUGCUUCGGAAGCCAGGGGAGCUUUGGUGAAGAUCAAGUGAAACAAAUUGCACUUGGGCUGGAGAAAUGUGGGCACAGGUUCUUGUGGUCUUUACGGAAGCCACCGCAGAAUGACAAAAUUGGUUUGCCUAGUGAUUAUAAAGGUGAUCAUUUCCAGGAAGUUUUGCCGAAUGGGUUCCUGGAGAGAACAAAGAAGAUGGGAACGGUGUGUGGAUGGGCGCCACAAAAGGCAGUCUUGGCUCAUAAAUCGGUAGGGGGAUUUGUGUCACAUUGUGGGUGGGAUUCAAUCCUGGAGAGUUUGUGGUUUGGUGUUCCGAUUGUGACAUGGCCUAUGUAUGCUGUGCAACAGAUUAAUGCAUUCCUAAUGGUGAAAGAUUUGGGAUUGGGUGUGGAGUUGAGAUUGGAUUAUAGGAACACCAGUGGAGAAGUUGUGUUGGGAGAUGAGAUAGCAAGCGCUAUAAAAUGUGUGAUGGAAAGUGAUAAUGAAGUGAGAAGAAGGUCAAAGAGGAGAAUGAAAAGAGCAGAUCAGCGGUGA